ACAACUACACAUACACUGAGGCCGCAGCUGUACACUCUACAGUGCACACAGCUUAGAAAGUUGAAACCGUGCAUGAUGCAGAUCUAUCCUCUCAAAUUGCAUUCCCUGGAGCUUUCCGCCUCGUUUCCGGGCGGCCAGAUCCCACAGCUGCCUCGCUGUUUCGCACUACGCAGUGCUCAAAAUCAAAGGGUUCCUCGCUCCACUUUUGAGCAAAGCUGACUGGAGGACGGUCUGCCACUCAGCGUAGAAGACGGUUGACUGCAGCUCGUCCUUAGAAGAAGGACAUGAGAGCCGUAGGUCCGCUGCAUUUCGUCGAGCUUUCCACAUCGUUCACGGGCAGCAGACAUCUCUGCCUCGCAGUUUCGCCGUCCCUCCCAGCUAGUAGAGUUCUCCACUUCUAUAUAAUUAAACAGCUCGUCCGGUAAGAAGAAGAGAACGACGCACGCAGCCAACCACCACACCUCCUUCUUCCUUCUCUGGAUAUCAUUCACACCACCUCGCUCCCCUUCAUCCCAUCAUCACCUGCCUACCUUAGGUCUUGUCUGAUCACCAUCAGUUGGUGGGUGUGAUUAUUCGCAGGGCGCACGCUGCUGAGCUUGUGACCACUGUCCUCUCUAAUGGGGGAAAUGGUGGCUUCGACUCUUGCUCAGGAGGGCGUGAGCAGGGUGUUCUCGUCCAUCUCAACCAAGCUCGAUGACAGGGCGUCCAGAGCUCACAACGUCAGAAGGCUCGACAUAGCACUGUCUCGCAUGGAGUAUGCCUUUGAGAGGACCGCGAAGAUGCCAAUCACAUGCGUCUCCCUGCUUCGGCGUUGGAAGAUGCUCAUGAGCGCCUACAACGAGGGAGUUCAUCUGCUCAACAAGCACAAGCUGCCAGCUGCGCUCGAAGGCCACGCAGAAACUGGGCAAGUGGUGGUAAGGAGUUCCUACUACUACCUCCAACGGAUUGCUACUGCUGCAUAUUUCUCCCUCUCUUCUCUUGCUAGUGGCCUGAACAAGCAGCAGUGCUUGAGCUCGUCCGUUGUCCAAAUUUUUGAGGGGUACGCAGACAGUGCUGACAAGUUUGUAGCGGACGUGGAGUCCGCCUGCCCACUCCGGCGCGACACCUUCUUCCCCUACCCAUUUGUGAGGCAACUUCUCCAAGGGAGAAGUUUCAUAUAUCCUGUUCGGGUGGAAGGAAGCCUGCUCUUGUUUGGUAUGAAUCCUGUGGUUUUGGAAGGGCGUGGCGUGGAGGCAUGCAUAUGGUAUAAGCGUUUCUAUUCCGAGAGGUUAGAUGGGCUAUUAUUAGUGCUACGGCUGUCGGAAAGCACGGACAUAGUUGGGGCUGCUAUAGAUUGCGUGCGGUCAUUCGCAUCACUGCUCAACCUUCCAGCUCAAGAAGCAAUAAUUGGACAUCUCACCCAACUGCCUAAUUUACAGGAGAUUUCAGAUUCUUUCAGUUGUUAUGUCUCAGCACUAGAGUACAACUUGCCUAGCACAUCUGACGAAGCUCUUAGGCUGAAUGUUGGCUUCUCACCUCAUGCCGGCCAUUUCAGUAUCAGUUUUGUAGCGGAGGCCAUGCGAAGCAAAUACGAACAUUUUCCAUUUGGUAGCAUAGAACAAACAGUAGAUAUGACAAGAUCAAGAUCAGUUGAAUUUCUCAUCGGUCAGCCAGAGGUGAAGGAUUAUACGGUGUUCUGGAAGUCUAGACAUGGUCACGCAUUCUUUGAGGUGGUAAAGCCAAGGAUCGACAUGGCAGCUGUGCCCAAAGCCAGCGGCAGCAGGUACAACACCCGGAGUGCAGCUGCAAAGAGAAAGCGGUCGUAG